AUGUUCACUCGAAGGGGGCAUGGAGACGUCAAGAAAUCUACACAGAAAGUUCUGGACCCAAAGAAGGAUGUUCUGACCCGGCUCAAACACCUCCGGGCACUGAUAGACAUCAUUGACAAGGCUGAACUGAAGGCAUUCUUUGAGAGCAACUGCUCCCAGAUUUAUUUUAUCUUCUAUGAAAAUCUCAUUACACUGGAAAGCAAUUUAAAGCAAAAAGGGAACAAAUCUCAAAGGGAGGAGCUGGACUCUAUCCUCUUUAUUUUUGAAAAAAUUCUGCAACUUCUGCCAGAGAAAAUCUACAAUAGAUGGCAGUUUCACAGUAUAGGUUCUAUUCUUAAAAAGCUUCUACACACUGGAAAUUCAUUCAAAAUACGCUGUGAGGGGAUCCGCCUCUACUUGCUGUGGCUGCAGGCUCUGAGAGACAACUGUGCCGAGGAGCAGUUUCUCAUCUUUGCCUGCCUAGUUCCAGGAUUCCCUGCUGUUCCCUCCUCCAGAGGACCAUGCACUCUCGACACCAUCAUUUACAACCCCUUCUCCAACCCCCCAGACGCUAAGGUGGUGCCAGAGGAGAUUACCCCACUGGUUCCAGCCGUGGUGGGAGAAAAAGUUGCAGAUGACCUGACCUGUUAUAUUCUCGAUACACUGCUCAAGUACAUGGUCAUCCAGGCAUCCAGUUUAGAAUGGAAGAACAAAGAGAAUCAGGACACAGGCUUCAGGUUUCUCUUCAGUCUCUUUAAAAAGUACUACCUUCCCCAUCUGUUUCCCUCCUUCACCAAACUCACAAACCUCUACAAGCCUUUAUUAGACCUCCCCCACCACCGACCCAAACCGUUGUAUGUGCCAGUGACGCGAAACAAUGAAAGCACCUUCUGCACUCGGGACCAGUACCUGGCACCCAGAGUGGCCUUCAUCACCUGGCUGGUCACCUUCUUCCUGGAGAAGAAGUAUGUCAGCAGUGCUGCUUCGGCGCAGAGCGCCAAGAACGGCACAGAGGUCAUUCCUAAGCUCAUCCAGACUGUCACUGCAGGCAGUAGCAGCCAAGAGAAGGAGAAAGACAAGACAUCCGAUGGAGAUACAAACGGGUUGGCAGGUGACACAGAGAAGAACCACUCCAACAGCAGCACGCUGUCUGAUCGACGGCCCAGUGAUUCAAGUCUUUGUAGCAUCGAUGAGGAGCACCGGCAUGUCUAUGACAUGGUGCAUUCCAUUCUGUUGUCCACCCGGGACAACGUCAAUUUUGUCAACGAAGUCUUCCACCAGGCCUUCCUGCUGCCGUCCUGUGAGGCUUCAGCCACCAGGAAGGUGAUUAAGGUCUACAGAAAAUGGAUCCUGCAGGAGAAGCCCAACUUCAUGACAGAGCCUGACACAUCUGCACAGGAAGACGAAGUGGAUGACAGCUCUGAGCCCAUACUCACACAGCCUAACAGCGUUCAUAUACAAAUGUUGGAGAGCCACGGUCACAGACGAUCAUCCAGUUGGGGAAGGACCUACUCAUUCAGCAGUGCAAUCAAUCGGGGCUUUCUCACAGAGGAACAGAACAGGGACACCAAGGCUGGUGUCCAGCCCACAUUACAGGUGUUCCUCACCAACUCCUCCAACGUGUUCCUGUUGGAGCCAUGCCAGGACGUACCCAAACUCCUGGAAAAUCAGGUUGAUGUGUGCAAGGGUGUUCUCAGCAUUUACCGGCACAUGAUCAUGGAGCACAGUAUGAGUACACAAACAUGGGAGCAGAUGCUGCAGGUACUACUGAGGAUCACAGAGGCUGUGAUGAAGAGGCCGCAGGACAACCAAAGAAAAGACGGCUUUGCUGAAAGCUUAGCAUCUAUGCUGUUUAGGACCAUCAUUGUGGCGUGGGUGCGAGCCAACCUCUGCGUAUUUAUCUCCCGGGAGCUAUGGGACGAGCUGCUGGCAGUGCUGUCCUCUCUUACCUGCUGGGAGGAGCUGGUGGCGGAGUGGGCCAACAUUAUGGACUCGCUCACAGUUGUGUUGGCACGCUCUGUUUAUGGCCUGGACUUGGCCAACCUGCCUUUGGACAAACUCAGCGAACAGAAAGAGAAGAAGCAGAGAGGACGUGGAGUUGUUCAGGACUCUCAGAAGGCAGCUGCAGUUGCUCGCUCAUUCUCACUGAGCUGGAGGAACCAGGGGGAGCAGAGUGGACCAGGAGUGCAGGAGCCCAUGAGGAUUCGCUCAGCCACAACGUCGGGAGCACCUGGUGUGGAGAACGCCCGGAACAAUGUCCGGCAGAAGGCCUCUGCUAAACGAAGCCAGUCCAUCAGCAACUGUGUUCACCUUUACGAGGCUUUGCCUACAACUAAAAGCGUUCCUAUGCUUCUCCACACUGUGAGCUCUUUCUUGCCUGGUAUCUCUUCUGGUAACUCUGCUUGCUCUCACAGACUCUCAGAUGUGGAAGAGUGUCAGCUGUCAGAGUGUGGGGCAGAGGAGGAGUUGGGAGGCAGAGAGAGCCCUCUGCAACGUAGCAGCAGCACCUCAGACCUCACCCAUCAGCUGUCUGAAACCUUGCCAGCUCAGAAGAGAGAGUACUCCCCUACCUCUUGUGGUUCUGACAGCAGGAUGUCUGAGGGCAAGAAUGAGAACAAUGAACCACCUGUGAUUCUAAUCCGGCGGAGUAGCAGUCCAGUCGAGACGGAGUGUAGUGCUGAUGGACACACAAACUACUCAAAGCCCAAACUUAGAGACAAGAGUGAAAGUGUGAGUAGUGAGACAUCCAACGGCUACCUCAAUGAAGCUGAAGUUACCUGGCAGACAUUUGAUGAGGAGGCUGACAAUCAGUCCACUCAGUCAACUCACAUGGACGUGACAGCUGAUCCUCAGAGCCAGGGGAGUCUGCUGCUCAGCCACAACGAGGCUCUCGCAGGUCCUCCCGAGUGUGCUCACCCUCCCCAAUCUGCACCUCCCAACCACCACCACAAUUCCCUCUACCAAUAUCCCCAGAACCCCCCCGCCUCACCAGCCCUGCUGGUGCACACAGAGUGCCCGCGGGACUGCCCCCUGGACGACACCAUGCAUCAGUCUGUCUUACACAUGCCACACCACUUGGACAGUAGUGAGUACCUGGCCGAUGAUGUUAGCAUCAUUGCUGGUGGGACCCUGACUGGUUGGCAUGCUGAUUCUGCCUUUGUGCUGUGGAGGAGAAUUUUGGGUAUCCUGGGAGAUGUCAACAGUAUCCACUGCCCUAAAAUCCACGCCAAGGUCUUCUCUUAUCUCUAUGAGCUCUGGCACAAGCUGGCUAAGAUCCGGGACAACCUUGGGAUCAGUGUGGAUAAUCAGUCUUCUCCUCCCCAGCCUGUGUUUAUCCCUCCCCUUCGAAUGCUCUCAUCCUGGCUCUUCAGGGCCACUAUGCUCCCAGCAGAGUACAAGGCUGGCAAGCUGCAGGCCUACAAGCUCAUCUGUGAAAUGAUGACCAGACACCAGGAUGUUCUCCCCAACAGCGAUUUCUUGGUGCACCUUUACCACGUCAUGCACAAGGGCUUCACAAGUGAAAACCAGGAUAUUUUGAACACCAUCAUCCGCUCCUGCUCUCCUCGAUUCUUCUUUCUUGGCCUCCCAGGUUUCACUAUGCUGCUUAAAGAUUUCAUCACUGCCUCGGCCUGCGUCCUCACGUCUGACUCCCCAGAGGCUCCAAGAACUGAAGCACAGACUAUCUUAGGCUCCCUGGUGUGUUUCCCUAAUCUUUACCAUCAGAUACCUGUACUGCAGCAUGGGCCUAGCUCUGAUGACAUCAUUGUUGGCAAUGAGGAUAUUAAGGAUUAUUUGGUCAACAUCCUGCUGGAGGCAGCUAGAAAGGAACACUGUGAAGGGUCAAGGUGCAUUGCUGUGUGCAGCCUGGGCCUGUGGGUCUGCGAGGAGCUGAUGCAAAACAAGAUUCACCCCCAGGUGAAAGACGCCAUCAAUGUUCUGGGAGUAACACUAAAGUUUGGAAACAAAGCAGUGGCUCAAGUGGCCUGUGACAUGUUCCAGCUGCUGAUCUCUCACUGGGAACAUCUCCAGAGGUUGGAACCCUCUCUGCCGAAGGAAAUUAUUGAGAUCUUUGUGGCCACAAUAGCCUUUUUGUUGCCGGGCACAGAGCACUCAAUAGUGGAAGCAGAUAAAAAGUUGAUGGUGUCACUGCUUCUCUGCCUGUUGGACUGGUGUAUGGCUGUGCCCUUGAGUCUUCUGCUGGAACCCGUCACAUCUUCAAUGGAGGACCACAAGUCCCACAAGCCCCCAAUAUUGGACUACAUCUACAGGGUGCUGCACUGCUGUGUGUCCGGCUCCAACUUGCACACCCAACAGAGCCACUAUCUCCUCAGUUUGUCCGACUUGUCCAGUGAUUAUGACCUUAUGCUGGGUCAGGUUAAAAGCUUUGAGCCACCACCCUCCCAGAUGACCACUGACUUCGGCAACUUGCUCACCGUAGCUGAGGAAAAGCGCCGUCGAAACAUGGAGCUGAUACCUCUGACAGCACGGAUGGUCAUGACUCACCUGGUCAACCAUCUUGGCCAUCACCCACUGAGCGGGGGGCCUGCUCUCCUGCACAGCCUCGUGAGCGAAAAUCACGACAACCCAUACGUGGAGUCGUCUGAGCUGUCCUCUGAGGUCUUUAAAAGCCCCAACCUCCAGCUCUUUGUCUUCAACGACAGCACGCUGGUGUCCUACCUCCAGAUUCCUGCUGAAACACACACUGUUGGUCAGCCCCCUCACCCUUCCUCCCAAGUGCGUGUCAUUGUCCGGGACAUUUCUGGGAAGUACUCUUGGGAUGGCACAAUCCUAUACUGCACCGCGCAGGAGGACACGGAAGUUUUAAAUGCAGCUGAUGUCCCGCUUCCAACCUCUGGCACGCACAGAAACCAGCCCACCUCUCCAGUUAAAGGACCAAGCAAAGGGUUUUUCUCCGACUCCCCCUCAUACUGCUGUGAAGAUGAUGAGGUUGAUGUUUUGGACAAGCUUUUGGAGAGCCUCAGCCACAGCAGCCCAGAAUGUCUGCCUCACCCACAGCUCAGGCUCAAUCAGCCAGCCCCGUCACCCCACGGCAUGAACUUGGAGCACGAGAGCGCCAUACUGGAGGCCAUUCUUCGUCAGACUCAGCAGGAGGAGGAGCAAGUCAGAAGGUGGGAUGCCGAUGUAAGCUUUCGGGCUGCCUGGCAAAAGGAACCAUCCCACCAGGAGCCAAAAGCUCCUUUCUACUUCUGUCGACUGCUCCUGAAUGAUCUUGGAAUGAACUCUUGGGAUCGCAGGAAAAGCUUCCAUUUGCUGAAGAAAAACUCUAAACUACUAAGAGAGUUGAAGAAUUUGGACUCCAGGCAGUGCCGUGAGACACACAAAAUUGCUGUGUUCUACAUUGGAGAGGGCCAAGAAGACAAAUGCUCCAUCUUGUCUAACAGCGCAGGCAGCCAGGCCUACGAAGACUUUGUAUCCGGACUGGGAUGGGAGGUGGAUCUGGCCACACACUGCGGCUUCAUGGGGGGCCUCCAGAGGAAUGGCAGCACGGGUCUUACGGCUCCUUACUAUGCUACCUCCACAGUGGAAGUCAUUUUCCACGUAUCGACACGAAUGCCAUCUGACUCGGAUGACAGCCUCACCAAAAAACUGCGUCACCUGGGCAAUGAUGAGGUGCACAUCGUUUGGUCUGAGCACACCAGGGACUAUCGUCGUGGCAUCAUCCCAACUGACUUUGGAGACGUGCUAAUUAUCAUCUAUCCUAUGAAGAACCACAUGUAUUUCAUCCAGAUCAUGAAGAAACCCCAGGUUCCUUUCUUUGGACCUUUAUUUAAUGGCGCCAUCAUCACAGGAACCCUGUUGCCAAGCUUGGUACGGGCCACCUGUAUCAAUGCCAGCAGAGCUGUCAAGUCCCGGCUGACUCUCUACCAGAGCUUGUAUCCUUUACACCGCAAUGGUCUGCUUCAUUUACCCCGCCCUAUCCCAUGUAGUGAUCGCUCAUCACAGGAUUAUAAAUUGUACCACUGA